AUGUCCGACGACGACCGAAUGGACGCUUUGGCUAUCACCACUGUGUGUCUAAGGGUAGCCCUAGCCGUUGACCUCAGGCAUGGUUACAUUCCAUUAGAUGACGAUAGCUGGGUGGUACGAAAUGAAGAGGCCCGUCAACGUGAGGCCAACAUGCCCGAGUGCGACUGCUCGAACUGUGAGCCUGAUGAGGCGGAAGCCCUCUGGCUCUCCCAAUCUGCCCUGACCAUUGAAAACUUCGACUCCGCCCUCGAAAUGGAUGCAGACGAGCUCCUUGAACUUGCAGAUAGUCUGCCUGAACCGCCCCCGGACCUGGUCAAAGACACAAGGCACGUGGCGAUUCCUUGCGGUUCAGAAGACCCGAUUUUGGUAUGCCCUCUGAUGAUCAGCCUAGUAAAACGAUGGACCGACUCGUUCGCCGGUUUAUGGCGGACUCACUACCCUUCACCUAGUCACCUGACACCUGACGACUUCUUUGGCCAGGAACUUGCUUGGGUCCUGGCCAAGAACGUCGACAUACUUGCGCACCCAGAGGACAUUGCGAUUGUCCUGGUAACCGAAUGCAUCCCUGGCCAAUUCCAGUGCCUGUUUGACGCUUUUGAAGAAUGGAAAGCCGCCUCUCCAGCAGACGCUUUGAUAACCAAAGCAGGCGAACGCAGAUUGGCUGCUUCUCGGGGGCCACCUAAACCUAUCCUCUCGGUCGAAGGGGCUCGAAUGUCGAAACUGCGCGCGGAGGCCCACAAGAUAGCCACGAAAGAAGCCAGACUCGAUGAGAGAAGGAAGGCAGCUCAGUUAAAGGCCAAUGCGAAGGUCGCCGCCGCGGCGAAAAAGGCCCAGGAUAAGCUGGAAGCCGAUUUGCGCCGUUUGGCCCUGAAAGAACAAGGUCAAAUCGAAAGGCAACGUUUGCGUGACGAGGCGAAACAAGCCCGCCAGGCUGUCAUGGCUGCGAAGCGUGAGUCCACAGCGGCUUCCGCCGCUGCGAAGCGAGAGGCAGCCGCGUCUAAAAGAACCGCGGUGCCACCAGCACCUCGCCCGUUGUGCAAAAGGGCCAAAAGGGGCGCAGAUUCUCAUCACACUGAGCGUCCCAUGACGACAGGACCUCGGCUGCCCCCCACCGGAAGCGCGACUUGCGACCUGCGGCUUGUUUGCGUAGCUGAAAGUGCCGAAAGAUCAAAGUGGUCAGCUAGUCAUGCAAUUCAUCAUAUUGCUACGUUUCCGUUUAGACACACCAUGGGGAUCAAAUUUGAGAUCAGAUCAGUGAGGCGUCGGAUGUCGGUGCCAUGCCCCUACAUUUCGAAAUCGUUUGUUGGCUCUCAGCGUAUUUGGCCUUGUCAAGGCCAAUCUGUGCGAUCACUUCAUCCAGCACCCGCGAGACGCCCUCUGCAGAUGAAUCGGGGGCGUCCAUCAUGCGGAGGAAAAUGUUGGGCGGGCGAGUUGACAGCGCCGGCAGUAGGCUGGCCUCGGGCGCACCUGGUAUGGCAAAAAGAUUCGAUUCCAACCGUCUUUCGGUCUGCGGCAGACAUGGCGUCCAGGAAAGCCGCGAGGCUAACCACAUCUUUGGUACAUUUCGCCUGA